AUGAGAACCUUGAUGCAACUCCGCCAGGGCGGGAGAGGGCCCGGGGAGCCGGGGGCCGGUGCCAGGCUCCGGCUCCAGCUGGUUUCUCUGGCGCCUUCUGAACCCGUCUCGGCAGGUCCACCGCACCUGGGCAGAGGGGCUGGAGCCUGGGGGAGGCCGGGCCCGGCCCACGGCGUUCUCGAUGGAAUGCCCUCCCAGGGGAGUGAGGGAGCUCAGGGUACAGAUGAGACCAGGAUGCCCACCUGCCUGCAGGCCCCUAGGCCUGGCAGGGAGGGGCAGGGGCCCCGGUAUUCUCCCUGCGUGCCCUCGGAGGCUGGGGCCGCCACCCCUCCCGGCCCGAAUCUGUCUCGACCUGCAGGAACACACAGGCGGCGCCAGGCAUUACCUCACAGCAGGACUGCAGUCGCUGGCUUCGCUCCUGGGCAAGGAGGAGCAGGCCAGAGCCCCUUUUGCUUCCUUUUCCUGCCCAUGCCGCUUCUGGAAGCCAGCCGCGGGUUGCCAGGAGGUGACAUGAAAGAGGAGGAAACUCGGUGA